AUAUAUAUAUAUAGAGAGAGAGAGAGAGGAUAUUGUGGAGGACUGCUGCCCUUCUCUCCCUUUCUCUCUCUAAAGUCUAAACCAUUUCUCUCUGAUUUGGGUUUUGCAGUGAGAGAGAGAGAGAGAGAUGAGUGUGGGGGGAGUAGUAGUGGUGAUUGUAGGGCUACUUGUUAUCCACCAAUCAAAUGCAGAGAAAAGCAGGUGCGAUGUGUUCCAAGGGAGUUGGGUACUGGUGAGUGAGUCCUCAUCAUACCCUCUCUACAACUCCACAUCCUGCCCCUUCAUCCAGAAAGAGUUCAACUGCCAGAAGAAUGGACGCCCCGAUCACUUCUACCUUAACUACACCUGGCAACCCCAUGCCUGCAACUUAUCAAGAUUUGAUGGGGGAGAAUUGUUGAGGAGAUACAAAGGGAAAAGCAUCAUGUUUGUGGGUGAUUCCCUUAGCCGAAACCAAUGGCAGUCACUCAUAUGCAUGCUUUACUCCUCCGUGCCCGGCGCUAACUACUACAUGGAGACCGCAUCCGCCGAAGUUUCCACCUUCACAUUUACGGAUUUCGAUGUUAAAGUGAUGCUCGAUCACACAGUGUAUUUGGUAGAUGUCGUGCGAGAAGCUGAGGGUAGAAUCCUGAAAUUGGACUCUAUACAAGGUUGCAAACGUUGGAAGGGGAUCGACGUGCUAAUCUUCAAUACCUGGCAUUGGUGGAACCGUCGAGGGGCUACACAACCAUGGGAUUAUAUAGAGGUAGGAGGGCGGCUAUACAAAGACAUGGACCGGGUUGUCGCCUUUGAGAAAGCACUAACUACAUGGGCCAAAUGGGUGGACACUAACGUUGAUCCCACCAACACCAAGGUUUUCUUUCAAGGGAUUUCUCCAUCACAUUACAAUGGGAGCACGUGGAACGAACCGAGAGCGAAAUCGUGCGUGGGGCAGAGGGAGCCGGUGGCAGGGUCGACGUACCCAGGGGGAUUGCCCCCUGCUCUAGCAGUUUUGAAGAAAGUGUUGAGCAGAAUGAAGAAGCAUGUGGAGUUGCUAGACAUAACAAAUCUUUCACUGCUGAGGAAAGACGGGCACCCUUCUGUGUAUGGGCUGGGAGGGAUGGACUGCAGCCAUUGGUGCCUGCCGGGAGUCCCUGAUACUUGGAAUCUAAUUCUUUACAAUCGACUAGUGCUAUUGCUCAAUUGAUUUUGUGACUAGCAAAUGCAAAAAUUCAAAGGUCAAGAAAUAUAAAUGUAGUUUUUGAGAAAAAGGGAACUUAUUAAGUGUUAAAUAAACAUUAGUUCCGUCUGUAUUUGGGAGUGUUUGUAAAAGAUACUAUUAUUUUGAGAGAUGAACUAUAGGGAGAGUUUUGUAGAUCAA